UUUUGAAACCUUAACUUUAACCUUUUUUUUUUAGUCUUUUGCAACAAAUGUUGCAGUGUCGGGAGUGUCGGAGUAUCGAAGAGUGUCAGUGAGUUAUUAUAAGUCAGAUUUUUUGAAGUGUCUGUGUUUAUAGUAUAUAUCCAUACAUAUAUAUAUAUAAUUUAUAAGGGUGCAAUUUGUUGGUGACAUCUCUUAAAUAUAUACUUUGAGUGUGAGAGGGGUUAUGGCUGAAUCUGAUAAUGAGUCAGGAGGUCAAAGAGGUAAUUACAACGGAAGUGGAAACAAUGAAUUAACAGGGUGCAGAGAGCAAGACAGGUUCCUUCCCAUAGCGAACGUGAGCAGGAUCAUGAAGAAGGCUUUACCAGCAAACGCAAAGGUCUCAAAGGAAGGCAAAGAGACAGUGCAAGAGUGUGUGUCAGAGUUUAUAAGCUUCAUAACAGGGGAAGCGUCUGAUAAGUGCCAGAAAGAGAAGAGGAAGACAAUCAACGGUGAUGAUCUAUUGUGGGCCAUGACAACACUGGGUUUCGAAGAGUAUGUGGGUCCUCUUAAGAUUUACCUUCACAAGUAUAGAGAGAUGGAAGGGGAGAAGAUAACUACUACUACUGCUGCUAUCAUGGGGAGGCCACAGGGUGAUGAUGGGAAUGAUGGUGGUGAGGGUUAUGGUCAUGGUGUGCCAUCUCCUAUGAUGAUGAUGAUGAUGAUGGGGCAUCAGCAUGAAGGACGUCACACGUAUGGAUCUGGAAGUGGAUCAGCAUCUUCUGGAAGGACUAUUAGCUAGAAUAUAGUUUCAUCAUACAAGCAGGUUUAUAUGCAUCCGUUUAAGCUAUUCAAGGAUGGUAUAUAUUCAUAUAUGUUUGAUUUUGGAAUACAAUAGCUUGUUGCUUGCAAUUUCGUUGUUGAGUUGAGAACAUAUAUACAUGGACAUCAAGGAUGGUGAUGUGGAAUACAAAGAUUUCUUGUAUUAUA